ACUUGGCAUUGAACUUUGAGCUUUAAAAUUUUACAGAUUUUAUUUAUACUCUAACAACAACAUUACACACUAACUAAAGUUUGAAACAUGGGAUCACGAAGAACGGGACCUUUAAGUUUUGCUUGUGAAAUGCAUGUCUGUGCUGGUUCUGCACCUUAAUGAGCAGACGAACAUGCUGCCCUUAGCUGUUUUUAUAGAAAAUAGGGUCCAGAAAAGGCUUAUUUUUUUUUUGUGGUCUUUCUUGUUUUCAGCAUCAAAUGUAAAACACUAUAUUGUUUAUUGUAUUAUAAAUUUAUUGUCUUAUUAUUUAGAGUUCAAUUAAAGAAAUGGUUAAUUAGUACUCUGCUGUUUCAGCACAGAACUUUAUAACUGUCAGCGGUUAUUCUGUUAUCAUGACUGUUAUUGUAACUGUCUUUUUUUAUUUUACAUUUUCGUCUUAGUUAGGGGCCAAGCCCUGAAGGUGCUGUAGCACCAAUUGUAUCUGUUAGUUUACUUUAUUAGGGGACAAGUCCUGAAAGUGCGAAAGCACCUAUUGUAAUCGUUAGUUUUCUUAUUAUUAUUAUUCUGAGUAUAUGGCAGUCCAUAGAACCGUAUGUUAAAAAGUUUAAUAAAGUUUAAUGAAAUUUAGCACACUGAUAGAGGACAGUCUGAACUGUCCAUAGCAAAUUUAGAGUCUCUAACUCAAUCCCUCUAGCGCCACCAGCUGUCCAAAAUUUCACUCAUGUUUAUGAUAAUAACUUUUGAACCGUAAGGUCUAGUAUCAAAAUUCCUCUGAUUCCUUGGUUCAAGCCGAUUCGAAUGCACCCUAUGACCUCAUUUUCCAUCAUGAUUUUCCAUCAUGAAAUUUUCCCGCCAUUUUAAUUUUUCCAAAAAACCUACUUUUUCGAACUCCUAGGUCGUUACUCCGAUUUUCACGAAAAUUGAACCAGAUCAUCUUCAGACCAUGAUUGCAAAAGUGUUUACAAAAGCUUUUUGAUAGAUCUAUACGUUCUCGAAAGCAGCACAAAUGAAUUUGACGGAAAGCUCGCAAAAUCAGAUUUGAGACUGCAUUUCCAAAACGAUUUAUCGUAUUCUGGAAGAAAGUGGUGCAACAAACAGAUAUACCGUUUACUUUCAAAACCAUGCAAUGGAUAAAAAAUUGAAGUACUGCAUCACUUAGACACACAGACAUCAAGAAUCAGCAUAUGAAUCUCAACAAUGGUGAUGAAAAAAAUGCUUCAUGCUGCAAUGCAUGCUGGGUAUCACCAUAGGACAAAACUCCCAUCAUGCACUGCAGUAUGAAUAAUUAUUGUCACCACUGUUGAGGAUUGUAUGCUAUAUUUUCUUGUAUAAGCCUGAGCGGUAAUAGUCGUUCAUUUUUAAUACUGAGGCUUUAUGGUGGCAUUUGUUUAAUGGAAAUUUUUUGGUAAUGUUACGAUUUUGUAAUAACUGAACCUCAGACCUAUAUUUAAAAUGGCGUUCAAGCAGCAAAUUCAAGCUGAUCAGCUCCUUUAGUCUUUUGAUUCAGCAAUGCACAAUUGUUUGCUGUGAAACAUUAUUUUAAAAACAUAAAAAGGUCAAGUGCCCAACUAAAACAAAACCUGGGCUCUAAACGAGUUCAGGUCAAAUAAUGAUUACGUGAAAACAUAACCAACACCAUCUGACCAUCUUUUUUCUUUGCUUGUCUGGCUGUUAUAACUCAGUUGAAGCAACCCAAACUAAACCUAACAUUAAAGAGUCAAGGGUCAAGAGCUCAACUAAAGCAAACCCUGACCUUCAUGAUGGUGGCUUAAAAUUGUGAAUUUCUCUUUGAUUCUGCUUGUUAACAGCAGAUCACCUUCCUGACACAAUGAAUGUGUCAAAAUGAACACAAGUCAUCCACCGAUGAAGAAAGAGGCACAAACUUGCUGAACGGCUUGCGGAGUGACGUAGCAGCAAUGUGAUUGGAUGAUAGUUAACACAUGUUGUGUUGGACACAGUGUUGUUUCUCUCUCUCUCUCUCUCUCUCCACAUCAUCAACUUAAAUUGACACAAAAAUGUGUUAAAAUAGCAAUAACACAAAAAAUGUGUUAUUAAUUAACACAUCCUUUUUGAGAGUGUAUAUUUGCCUGAUUACUAAUAAUGUAAAUUGUUUCCAAUAUGUAAGAAAUAAUAAUGUUAUGCAUUAAUACUAAUCUGCAUAUUUCCUUUAACAUUCCUUUCUGUCCUUUACUGCUUUAAAAAUAAAAUUUAGAAAUUUAGUGGGACCCCUGGACAUGUGGGCCCCUAAAAUCAUUCCAAUGGUUCACUCCACAGCUUCACUCUGAUGAUGCAUCACGUUGUGUUUUACAUCAAUAUGUUUCCUGUGGAAAUUGCUUAUUUGAAAACUUCUGUUGAAACAAAUGCUUUGACAGUUAUUUCAAAAUCAUGUGAUGAAAAAUAGGUGUUGGCUCAGUUUAAAUACACAUGUAGAUCUUCCUGUCUCUAACUUCCUGAAGUGAGUUGGAGAAAGAAUCACUGUUACAAACCAGAAACAUUACAAAAUAUGUCCAGUUUACGACCAGAAUUGGACAAUAUCAUCGAGCAAAGUACUGUAAUUAAGGAUGGUGCUCCCACUAGAUACCAUCUGAAUCUGAGGACAGAACCUUCUGAUACACCGAAUCCAUAUAAAAUAAUGACCUUUGGAGAGAGAGACAACGACAAACCCCAUAAAACCAUUCUGAUGGUUGGAGAAACAGGAACAGGAAAAACAACCCUGAUCAAUACUAUAGUCAACUACAUGUUAGGAGUAAAGAGAGAAGACAAGGUUUGGUUUGAGAUCACAGAUGAUCAUCAGUCUCUACAGACGAGUGAUGAGUCCGUUCACAGUCAGACCUCCAGCAUCACUGUUUAUGGGUUUCAGGACCAAAAGAGUCCAGUCGAUUUAACAAUCAUCGACACUCCAGGAUAUGGAGACACUCGGGGAAUUGAGAAAGAUAAAGAGAUCGCUGAGAGUCUGCUUCGUUUAUGUACAUCUGAAAAACAGAUUUAUGAAAUAGAUGCAGUGUGUCUGGUGAUCAAUGCAACACAGAAUCGACUCUCUGACAGACAACGAUACAUAUUUGAUGCUGUUCAGUCUUUAUUUGGGAAAGAUAUUGCUGAAAACAUUGUCCUGCUCUUCACACACUCAACUGGAGCUCGACCUAAAAAUGCCCUGACGGCUGUUAAAGAGGCUAAAAUCAAGUGUGCAGUGAAUGAGAAGAAUCAGCCAGUGUUUUUCCUGUUUGACAACUGUCAGUCAGACGCUGCUGAUGAAGAAUAUGAUUAUGAAGAUGAGGAAGAACAAGAACAGAGGCAAGAACAAUCAUGGAAUCUCAGUUUUAAAGGAAUGGAACAAUUGUUCAAGUUUCUUGACACAAUACAACCAAAAUCCCUGAAGAUGACUCAAGAAGUGUUGCAGAAUCGGAAGCAGUUGGAGGCAAAUAUCAAUAAUCUACAAUCACGUGUUCACAUGACAGAACUAAAGCAAAAUGAGCUGAAACAAACUCAAGAAGCUCUGGAGAAGAACAAGAAAGGUGUAAAAGAAAAUAAAGACUUUGAGUAUGAAGUUGAAGUGCCCUAUAAAGAGAAGGUUGAUAUUGAUCGUACUUUAGCCUAUAAGGCCACAUGCUGCACCGUCUGUGAGGAGAACUGUCAUUAUCCAGGAUGCUGGUGGUUCACCCUUCUCUCGUGGUGCAGCGUGAUGAAAAAUGAUCACUGUACAGUGUGCACAAAUAAAUGCCACUACAGCAAACAUGUCAAAGAAGCAAAAAUAUAUGUAACAAAGACAAAGAAGGAGAAGAGGACAUAUGAAGAUUUAAAGAAGAAAUAUGAAGAUACAGUUGGAGAUGGUGUGUUUGUGGUCAAGAUGCUGGAAGAAGAACUGCAGGAAUUAGAGGACGAGAAAAUAACGCUGCUGAAUGACACUUUUCACUGUGUGGAUAAACUGCAGAAGAUCGCACUCAACACCGAUUCACUGUUCACACUUCUGCACAUUGAUUUUCUGAUUAAGAAGCUGAAGGAAGUAAAUGAGCCUGAAAAGGCUGAAACACUGGAAAACAUCAAGAAGAGAGCAGGAGAAGAAAGACACAGAGCUCUGGGAAGCAUGAAUUUUUUUUUUGUGUAAAUAUAUACUAAUAUACUAAGUUUGUCAAUGAGGCUGGUCCCUAUCAGCACAUGCAUGGGCAUUCACCUAUGUACCUUUUUUUUUUUUUUUUUUUUUUUUUUUAAACUUGGUUGUUAAGAGUAAGGUUUAUUAGUAUAUUUGUAAAAUUGUAUUUUAUGGGUGACCUGGAUUCAAAACUUGUCUUCUUAUUUUAAAUAAAGCUCAAAAAUCUGAAAGGGUCAUCUUUUUUUAUGGUUUUAUUAUUAUUAUUAUUAUUAUUAUUAUUAUUAUUAUUAUUUUUAAGCAUGGCUGUGCUGGUCUGUGAUC